AUGCCCCUGAUGCCCCUGAUGUCUCUGAUAUCUCUGAUGUCUCUGAUGUCUCUGAUGCCCCUGAUGUCUCUGAUGUCUCUGAUGUCUCUGAUAUCUCUGAUGUCCCUUAUGUCUCUGAUGUCCCUGAUGUCUCUAAUGUCCCUUGUCCCUCCUCUGCAGGGCCAUGUCUUCUCCCUGGGCUCCACUCUGUCCGCGGCCCUUAGCUUUGUGGUGGAGCCAGAGCAGGAGGCUGAUCUGGGGCAGGAGCUCACGUCUGUCCUGGAGCAGAUGCAGCAGGAGCGGCCCGAGGACAGACCCUCUCUCAAGGGUUCAGACGGCUCGGUCCUCGGGGUUCAGACGGCUCGGUCCUCGGGGUUCAGAAGGCUAGGUCCUCAGGGUUCAGACGGCUCGGUCCUCGGGGCUCAGAAGGCUCGGUCCUCAGGGUUCAGACGGCUCGGUCCUCAGGGUUCAGACGGCUCGGUCCUCAGGGCUCAGAAGGCUCGGUCCUCAGGGUUCAGACGGCUCGGUCCUCAGGGUUCAGACGGCUCGGUCCUCAGGGUUCAGACGGCUCGGUCCUCAGGGUUCAGAAGGCUCGGUCCUCAGGGCUCAGAAGGCUCGGUCCUCAGGGCUCAGAAGGCUCGGUCCUCAGGGUUCAGACUCGGUCCUCAGGGUUCAGAAGGCUCGGUCCUCAGGGUUCAGAAGGCUCGGUCCUCGGGGUUCAGACUCGGUCCUCAGGGUUCAGAAAGCUCGGUCCUCAGGGUUCAGAAGGCUCGGUCCUCGGGGUUCAGAAGGCUCGGUCCUCGGGGUUCAGAAGGCUCGGUCCUCAGGGUUCAGACUCGGUUCUCGGGGUUCAGAAGGCUCAAGCGGUACAGCACCUAUCAGCGGUACAGUACCUAUCAGCGGUACAGUAUCUAUCAGCGGUACAGUACACAUCAGCGGUACAGCACCUAUCAGCGGUACAGUAUCUAUCAGCGGUACAGUACCUAUCAGCGGCACAGUACCUAUCAGCGGUACAGUACCUAUCAGCGGCACAGUACCUAUCAGCGGUACAGUACCUAUCAGCGGCACAGUACCUAUCAGCGGUACAGUACCUAUCAACGGUACAGUAUUUAUCAGCGGUACAGUAUCUAUCAGCGGUACAGUACCUAUCAGCGGUACAGUACCUAUCAGCGGCACAGUACCUAUCAGCGGUACAGUAUCUAUCAGCGGUACAGUACCUAUCAGCGGCACAGUACCUAUCAGCGGUACAGUACCUAUCAACGGUACAGUAUUUAUCAGCGGUACAGUAUCUAUCAGUGGUACAGUAACUAUCAGCGGUACAGUACCUAUCAUGAAGCAAAGGGAAACGCUGAUGCAGGCUCCAGUCACCUGCGACCUCAGCACCAGAAGAUGAAUGAACGUGAGGACGUCCUGUGUCUGGGCCAGUCUCACCUCUCCCACACCACAUCCACAGCUGUGUGCCGGAGGCUCUCGUCCGUGGGCAGAAGGGUUCUCUCCAUCGAGUCCUUCCAAGAUGGGGCAGACGGCUCAUGGGAGGCGCGGUGGCAGCGUCCCAAACCCGGAUGUCCGCUGAGAAGACUGAGCCUGGAGGAAGACGCUAAGAACCUGUGUGCCGAUACUCCCGUUCAGAGCUACGGCUGGUCCAGGCACCAGGUGUGCACAGCCUGGGACUCCUCGCUCUGGGCCGAGGACAUGGACAGCGGCAUCGGACACAGCAUGAACUUCCGAGACGAGUUGGACUUCCGCUCUUUCGACAGCUCCCCGGUGAUGAGACGAGCCCAGGGCAGAUCCCACCGCAUCAGGGGCGCUCUGAACCGAUCCUGCUCCGUCCCGGACUCCAACAACCCGCCCUCGCUCUCCCCCACCUCCUGCGGCGACAUCAGCAUCCCCGUCUCGGACCUCAGCGAGAUCGGAGCGGACGAGGACCAGCCCACGUCCGCCUGGAGGCUGGAGAGGCUGAACCGGGGCGGCUCCUGUGAAUGCUACGCCGUCAGCUCCAUCGAGGACUACGUCAACUCCACCGUGGGAGCCUACCAUUCUGGGGGGAGCCUGAACGAGCCGCUGCACAUCGAUGAGGAGAUCAGAGAGGACGGGAACGAGGAGAGCGUCCCGUCACCGUGCGAUUCUUGUCAGGAUUUAGAUCUGGAGCAGGACUCUUGUGGGACGGCUCUGAAUAACGGACUUUGCGCAAAAAACCACAUGACCAAAAGUCUGCUGUGCCUCAACCAACAAUCUCAGGAUGAGUGGAUCUGUCUGCGGGAGCUGCUGAGGCGCUGUGGGCGGAGGCUGAGUGUGAACGAGCUCUGGUCCCUGUGCUACACCUGUCUGUCCUCUCUGCAGAGCUACAUCGACUUCCCAGCAUAUCUCUCUCUGGACACGGUGUACGUGGGCUGCGAGGGGGAGGUUCUCUUCUUAAAGCCAAAAAACAUCGGCUACUGUGAGGAGUUUUAUCUCGCUCCUGAAUUUCAAGAACAUGGAAUAGUCACUGAAAAGGUGUGUGUCUAUGGAGUCGCUGCUAUUCUAUGGGCAACGGCCAAGUUCAAUUUAUCGGCCAAUCAGAAGCUGGCGAUGCCUCGGAAGCUGAAGAGGCUUCUGCUGGAGAUGGCCAAGAGGACGCCCAUCGACAGACCCACGAUUGUCACGGCUAAAAAGAGUUGUCGAGAUUAUUUGUCCCGUCAAGGCACCAGCGCCGAGGCCGUGUGGGACCGACUCAUCUCCAGGUUCCACAAACCAGUAUCUUGUUUCGAAGAGGAUUCCAAAACAAUUGUUGCUCCACAUUUGUCCAGUGAAGACUCAUCCCAACUCAAUGGUGGCUUUGUGCCCACGGCCUCUGAGAGCCGCCUGGCUCCUGUGCCUGGCCCUGUUCCCCACAGUUACCCAGACAGAGAACUACAGCUCCCAGAAGCCUUCACUUCCACCGCCACACACUUCACCCCCAUCAUUCUGACCAACCAGGACGCGGCGCAGAAGAGUCCCAGUGUUGGAGACGAACUCGAGGGGUACAUGGAAGGAUUCAUAGACAGCAGCGAGAACAUUGAGGAGAUCGGCCUGGACCCCAUUUCCACUUCCAGCUCUGGGGAAAGUCAGCCUCCUCUGAACCAAGCCGCUAAAGAAGUCACAAACAUCGCUUCAGCUUCAACCAGCCCAGCUCCUGUCGAGACCACAGCCCCAUCUGAAGUCUCCAACAUCCAACUCUCUCUACCUUCCUCUCUGAACUCAAACCUCAACAACUGCGGCGUAUUCAACAAUUACCUCUUUCGACAAGAUCCCAAAACCGGACAGCUGUUUCUGGUCCCGGUCCAGGUGCGAGCCCCCAAUUCGGUUCAAGGUCUGGACAUAAACUUAUCCCUCGUGCCGUCGUCUUUGAAAGGAUUACUAUUGAAUCCGGAGAUCGCUCAAGUCCAGGAAAACGAGCUAGCCGCUUUGGAUAACGAUUGCAGCUUUGUAAUGGAUUAUAAAGAUGAAAAUAGAGGCUUUAAAACCAGAGAGACGUCGGGGUCGACGCGCGCAGAGGUGCACCCGGCUCUGCAGGAGGUGAUCCACCUGCUCAAGGGAGAGUUCACGCUCAGCACUGGUUUGGACAACGGACACGAGGACAUCGCGAUGGGGGAGUACAUCUUCUCUCUGAAGCAGCUGGAGUUCAGGGAGUUUGCGGAUGUGGUGAAGCAGAGGUUCCGGGACCUGUACUGGGACCAGGAUCUGCUCGGGGUCCUGCACUGUCUGGUCAACUACAGCUCUGCCGCUCCGUGA